AUGGGUGGCGAUGCUGUGGGUUUGGGGAUAGUGAUUAGAGAUAAUGUUGGGGAUUUACUAAUGUCUGCUGGGAGAUGUGUGAGGGCAGCUAUGGAGCCAAAACUUGUAGAAGCUUUGGCAGUCUUGUUUGGGCUGAAAUAUGCUUUCGAGGCGGGGUUUCGUUCACUUAUUGUGGAGUCUGAUUGCUCAAACAUUGUCGACCUUUUGCAAGGAAAAACAGUUGAAUGCUCUGCUUCUCAAGUUACUGUAAAUGACAUUUUGGCUUUGGCUAGCACUUUUAAUUAUUGUAGUUUUUAUUCUGCUCAUAGAAGUUGUAAUAAAGCGACCCAUUCCAUGGCCAAAGUUGCUCUAUCCUUUAGAGAGGACUUGGUUUGGAUGGAGGAUGGCCCUCAUGAAGUUGUAAUGUCUGCUUUGUCAGACAAAGAACACCUUUAA